AUGGUGUCGCAUAUGGCCGCCAUCCUUGAAGUUCAGAUUGUCAAUCAGCGCGCCCCCAUUACGUUCAUGACGUCAUCUCGACGAGCCAAUGCAUUCGCGGCCUCGCUAAUCAACCUGCGCGUGUUCCGGUCGAAUCUGCCCUCCCCUGAUGCCGAUCCGCCGCUGCUGUGGUGUUGUUCGCGAACACUCGACUCCACUUUCGUCACAGGGAUUCCCAUGCUCCGGGCCAGCCAUCGCCCGCUGAACAGCGAACUUGCACAUUCACGAACUACCAAAGGGCCUACCACACGACCCAGCCACGCCAUGCCACGACCACCGAGUUUCCAGCUUCCGCGUAGCUCCCCAUGCUGCCGUGAGGACACCCGCCCAGAAACGUACACUUCGAAGCAGCUCAACCGCAUGUUUGACAUCGCAGUGCGCAAGGGCGAGGCAAAGGCCAGCAAGUACAUCGACCGCGUCUCCAAGAAGUCAAGCAGCAAGAAGAGCAAGGGCUACUGA